AUGGAAAAAAUUCUUGUGACUCGUCUUGAAAACAUUGUAACUCGUAUGGAAAACGUUCUUCUCAAGUGCGAUGGCUCAAAAACUGACAAGACAGAUAGUCCAAGUGCUCCUUCACCCAAAAUGUCGGUUCCGAAAAGUAUCGAGCUUCUGGACGAAGCGACAGAGGAUAAGAUUGAACAGCUUUGUGCGUUGUCGACUAAAAUCGGAGGUGAUGUCAAUCUGCUCAAAAACCUGAUCAAAGACGCACUUACCGAGCACAGAAACUUCGUGUGGACUGCGUGUGGUCUUUCUCGGCCGAACGAUGUGGGAAUCACAAAACUGAUCGAGAGUUUGUCGAAAAAAAUAUGUUCCACGACCGAAUUCAAAGACAAUCAUAGAACCUCGCCGUUUUAUGAUCACAUCUGCGCUGUCGAAGCUGCUAUUGGAGGUCUCGGAUGGGUCGUACAACCGAAAACUCCUGUUCCAUACUUUAAUGAAGCUGUCGAAACUUCUCUCUUCUACAUCAACCGCAUUCUCAUGGCUCAUAAAACUUCCAAAAACGAGCAUUUCGAAUGGGCCAAAACAUUGAAAGAACUGCUGACGAAACUCCAUUCAUACAUUCGCAGACACCACACCACAGGAUUGAUCUGGAAUUCGCAACCUGGUACAAAACCGACCAAAGAAACAUCUCUGGUCAGCUCAGCAGGUUCACCAUCGAUUCCGCCUCCACCUCCACCACCAUCUCUCAGUUCCAACUCGGCUGGUGCUAAAGAUUCAGGAGUGGCUGCACUACUGGAUUCUCUCAACACUGGUCUUUCUGCCACAAGCCGCCUGAAGAAAGUCACGCCUGAUAUGCAAACCCACAAAAAUCCAUCUCUUCGAGGAGACAAGAUUUCUUCAACGAAUGGAAAAACUGGAAAAUCCGUUUCUCAAUCGGAGCCAGUGAAGAGUUCUCCUAAAAUUUUGUGGGACGGGAAGGUUUGGAAAAUCGAACAUCAAGUCGAGAAUCGUGAUGUCGUCGUAGAAGUGAAAGAUAAGAAAGAAGCAAUUUAUAUCUACAAGUGUACCGAUUCAGUCAUCAUGAUCAAAGGGAAAGCCAAUACGAUCACUUUGGACGGAUGCUCUAAAACUUCUGUUGUCUUCGAUGGCCUUCUGGGACAAUGCGAAGUCAUCAAUUCCAAGUCGAUUCAAGUUCAAACUCUCGGAGAGCUCCCGAUUAUUUCUAUUCAAAAGACUGAUGGGUGUCAUGUUUAUCUUUCACGUGCUGCUAGCGAUACUCAAAUCGUUUCGUCGAAGUCAAGUGAAAUGAAUGUAUCAGCACAACUGGAUGAUGCCAGCGAAGAGUACAAAGAAAUGGCACUACCUGAACAAUUCGUGACGCGAAUCGAAAACAAGAAACUCGUAACUUCUCCCACCGAGCUUGCAUAA